AUUUGUAUCGCCAUUUUCCAGUUCCACUUUCCACACCCCAAAAAAGACACUUUACUUGUCAAAAAUUUGUUGCCGGCCACGUAAUUCGCUGUAUUCCUAAUUUGUUUUAUCCAAUAAAUACAAAAAAAUCAAAAUGGAAUCCAUGGUACGAUAUGUUUCCCCAAUCAACCCAGCUGUAUUUCCUCAUCUAGCUACUGUACUUCUGGCCAUUGGUACAUUUUUCACUGCAUGGUUCUUUGUUUUUGAAGUCUCACGGCCAAGGAGCUCCCAAAAAGAAUCAACCAUCUUCAAAGAACUAUUGAUCAGUUUAUUUGCCUCGAUUUUCCUUGGAUUUGGUGUAGUUUUUCUUCUUUUAUCAGUCGGAAUAUAUGUUUAAGUGUAAACGAAAAUUUAGUUGUAAUAUCCUUCAAUUUACCAACAAGUAUCAAAAAAAAGAUAAACAAUAAAAAUGAAUACAAAUUUUUAA